UUUCCAUCAUUUCUGUGUUUAACAUGCACCAACUCCUUUACACCAUGCCCUCUCCCUCUUCCUCUUCAAAACCCCUCAAAUUAUCUUCUUAUUCUUCAUCAAACCCUAACCCUAAUCCAACUUCUUCUUCUUCCUCUGCUCUUCUUUGUAAACACUCUCCAUCAGCCACCCUUGACAUUCUAAUCUUGAUUCUCGUCCUCUUCUCAGGGAUAUUUCUUCUAACUUCUUACUUUUCUUACAUCUUUCGCUCCCUAUCAAUCCUCCUCUCUAACUCUUCCUUUCACCUUGCCAUCAAUGUCCCUUCCAUUUCCUACAUUUGCGGCUUCUUGGCUCUAUUUCUCUUUUCUGUUCUAUUUGUUGAGUUCUGCUGCGGGCCAAGAUCUCGCAAGUGCGACAAGCCUGGAUGCAAGGGAUUGAAGAAAGCGAUGGAGUUUGAUUUGCAGUUGCAGACCGAGGAUUGUGUCAAAUCUACUGGGGCUAAAGAGAUCGAUAAGUUGCCUUGGAAAGGAGGGAGUGAAGGUAAUUCCGAUUAUGAGUGUCUUCGAGCUGAAUUGAGGAAGAUGGCUCCGCCUAAUGGGAGGGCGAUUUUGCUUUUUCGAUCGAGGUGUGGUUGUCCGGUCGCUAAAUUGGAGGGCUGGGGUCCAAAGAAGGGACGACGCCAUAAAAAGGCUUUGGCCAAUGUGGCUGCUAAUGGAGGAGGAGAUCAUCGCUAAUUGUGAUGGUUUCAUUGUCAGGGCCCCUUUAUAUGUUUCUCCUCUUUAGUAUGUGUUCGCCUUCCAGAUUUUGACUGUUCAUUUUCUCUAGAAGAUUGCACUCUUGGUCAGAACACAAUUUCUAAUCCUAUGAUCUGGCGGUGGCUCAUCUUCAAGAUUCCUGUAUCUGCUUUUCUUGGGAGAUUAUCUUCAUUUCUGAAAAGAUAUACAAACUCAAUAGUGAUAAUAUUUCAUUUCUGGAAGAAUAUACAAGUUCAAUGGAAUAAACACAUUCAUACAUAUUUGAAUAUAUGAUGCAUGCCAAAUAGAUAUUUUUCAUUUUAAUA